GAGCAAAAAAAAAAACCUCCUACAUCUUAAAGCCAUUUUUCUUGGUAGGUGAAGUUGACAAACCUACACCAACUUGUUCACUCAAUUAUACUUUGUUGGCAACUAAAAACCCCUUCACCUCACCCGAGUCAAUCCAACAACCUCUCACAGCACCAACCCCCACACCCACUCUCACAAAACCCCUCAUUACACAUUAUCGGAAAAAAAAAAAAAAACUUCAUUUGUGUGUGUGAGAGAGAACAAAGAUCGAGGAGCAAAGUGCAUAGAACAAAGUUUACAACUUUAAGGAAAACUGAAAUGGCCCAAGUCACCAGAAUCCACAAUCUGGUUCAAAGUACUCAAAUUUUGCACCAUUCUUCAAACACCCACAAACCCAAAUCAGCAAACUCGCUUUCAUUGAGGUCACGUCCUUGGGGGACCUCAAAAGCUUGGAGUUUGAUGCAUAAAAAUGAAAGCUUUUUGGGAAAUUGUAAUGUGGGUAAGGGAAAAUCGGGUGUGUUGAAGGUUUCUGCAUCGGUUGCCGCCGCAGAGAAGCCGUCGAUGGCGCCGGAGAUCGUGUUGGAACCCAUCAGAGAUAUCUCGGGUACCAUUACAUUGCCUGGCUCUAAGUCUCUAUCCAAUCGAAUUCUGCUUCUUGCUGCUCUCUCUGAGGGAACAACUGUUGUAGACAACUUGUUGAAUAGCGAGGAUGUUCAUUACAUGCUUGGUGCAUUAAGGACCUUGGGACUGCGUGUGGAAGACGACAAAACAACCAAAAAAGCAAUUGUAGAAGGCUGUGGGGGAUUGUUUCCCACUGGUAGAGAUUCUAAAGAUGAAGUCAAUUUAUUCCUUGGAAAUGCUGGUACUGCAAUGCGUCCUUUGACAGCAGCUGUGACUGCUGCUGGCGGAAAUGCAAGCUACGUACUUGAUGGGGUGCCCCGAAUGAGAGAGAGGCCUAUUGGGGAUUUGGUUGCUGGUCUUAAGCAGCUUGGUGCAGAUGUUGAUUGUUUUCUUGGCACAAACUGUCCACCUGUUCGUGUAAAUGGGAAGGGAGGACUUCCUGGGGGAAAGGUGAAACUUUCUGGAUCAGUUAGCAGCCAAUACCUGACUGCUUUGCUUAUGGCAGCUCCUUUAGCUCUUGGUGAUGUGGAAAUUGAGAUUGUUGAUAAACUUAUUUCUGUUCCAUAUGUUGAAAUGACUUUGAAGUUGAUGGAGCGCUUUGGAGUUGCUGUUGAACAUGAUGGUAAUUGGGAUAGGUUCUUGGUCCAUGGAGGUCAAAAGUACAAGUCUCCUGGCAAUGCUUUUGUUGAAGGUGAUGCUUCAAGUGCCAGUUACUUCCUAGCUGGUGCAGCAGUUACUGGUGGGACUAUCACUGUUAAAGGCUGUGGGACAAGCAGCUUGCAGGGAGAUGUAAAAUUUGCUGAAGUUCUUGAAAAGAUGGGAGCUAAAGUUACAUGGACAGAGAACAGUGUCACAGUUACUGGCCCACCACGCGAUUCUUCUAGCCAAAAAGUCUUGCAAGGCAUUGAUGUCAAUAUGAACAAGAUGCCAGAUGUUGCCAUGACACUUGCUGUUGUUGCACUAUUUGCCAACGGUCCCACUGCUAUAAGAGAUGUGGCAAGUUGGAGAGUUAAAGAGACAGAGAGAAUGAUAGCAAUCUGCACAGAACUCAGAAAGCUAGGAGCAAAAGUUGAAGAAGGUCCUGAUUACUGUGUGAUUACUCCACCUGAGAAAUUGAAUGUCACAGCUAUAGACACAUAUGAUGACCAUAGAAUGGCCAUGGCAUUUUCUCUUGCUGCUUGUGGAGAUGUUCCAGUCACCAUCAAGGAUCCUGGUUGCACCAGGAAAACAUUCCCUGAUUACUUUGAAGUCCUUGAGAAAUUUACCAAGCAUUAAAAGCAUUCUUGUACAUGUAGGGAAGAGAGGGAGAGAUAAAAUACUCACAAAGCAGUGAGUUUAUGGCUUUCUAUAUAUUCCCUUGUAAACGACCAGAGAUAAUUUGUAUUGUUGAAAUGAGCUUUUGCUUCUGUUGUAUCAAUGUAAUUUAGAAGGCGUUUGGAAGAAUUUAGAGUCCAUGAAAAUAGCUUUAUGACUUUUAUAAAUAUUUUUUGGCUUAUUUCAAUAAGUUUCAUUGUCAAAUUUACGUGGUAAGCCUUCUUGUGGUGUACAUUGAUAUGCAAUGAUAUCCAAACACACGCCUAAUUU